AUGUCUGAAAAGCCCCCAAUGGAAUCUGAGUUCCAGACAAAAGAGGAGCAAUCAAAUGCCCGGGCAAAUUCAAAGGAGCUUAGGUCGGACACCAGUUCGACGGGUGAGGCCGCAGAUGAGGAUCCGAAACUAGUACAAGAGUCUACCAAAAAUGAAGAGCGGGAGUAUAUUACAGGCUUCAAACUUGGAAUGGUGGUCGUGGGCGUCACUCUGGUUGCGUUCCUAGUUCUGCUCGAUACUUCUAUCAUUGUCACUUGGGCGUUUUUGUCAUUCUUCUUCAUUUUCGAAUUGGGCUCGCUCCUCUGCGGUCUCUCCACAUCCUCGAAGAUGUUGAUCGUUGCUCGCGCAGUGGCGGGGCUUGGGUCGGCAGGAUUGAUGAAUGGUUCCUUGACUAUUAUUUCGUCGUCGGUUCCUCUUCAUAAGUCGCCGCCUCUCAUUGGAAUGAUGAUGGGAUUCUGUCAACUUGGAGUCGUCUUAGGCCCUCUUCUAGGAGGAGCCUUCACCGAAUACACAACCUGGAGAUGGUGUUUCUACAUCAAUCUUCCAAUCGGUGCUUUAGUCGCCCUUCUCCUCGUCUUCAUCGAUAUCCCGGACCAAGCAGCUAAACCACCUUUCAAAGAAGUAUUCAACACUAUAACCCACAAACUCGACCUCACAGGCUUUGUCCUAUUCGCACCAGCAGCAAUCCAGCUUCUCCUCGCCCUCGACUAUGGUCAAAACAAGAUGCCAUGGCACAGCGCAACCGUCAUUGGCCUUUUCUGCGGAGCAGGCGGUAUCUUCAUCCUCUUCUUAGCGUGGGAAUACUAUCAAGGCGAUAAAGCGAUGAUUCCUCUGGCCAUGGUAGCAAAGAGGAAGGUCUGGUCGAGUUGUCUGGUGAUGAUGUCGAUCUUUGCCAUCACUUUGUCGACUACCUACUAUCUUCCCGUUUACUUCCAGGCCAUUCAGAACAAAUCGCCCAUGAUGAGUGGUGUGUAUAUUCUGCCGAGUAUCUUGUCUCAACUGGCGGUUGCUGUCACUUCAGGGGCUUUAAUUGGGAAAAUGGGAUAUUAUCUUCCAUGGGCUGUGGCUUCGGGAAUUCUCACUUCCAUUGGCGGCGGUCUCCUAUCGACUUUGACCCCGUACACAGCUACUGGAAAAUGGGUUGGAUAUCAAAUCCUCGCAGGAGCCGGUCGUGGAGCUGGAUUCCAGACUCCUAUCAUCGCCGUCCAAAACACACUACCACCCAGCCAAAUAUCAAUCGCCAUGUCGAUCCUGAUGUUCACUCAGACCCUUUCCGGCGCAGUAUUCCUCACAUUUUCAGACGUGAUCUUCUCCACGGGUCUCAAAACUCUGAUUCCCAAAUAUGAACCGGACGUCAGUGCACAGGUCGUUAUUGCUGCGGGUGCCACUGGUAUACGGGAUGUGGUGUCUGAUCAGAACCUCCCCGGGGUUCUGAAGGCUUAUGCAAAGAGUGUGGAUCAUGUGUUUUACUUGGUUGCUGCGAUGGGAGUGGUGGCUUUCGUCUUCUCUUUUGGAAUGGGUUGGAAGGAUAUUCGGAAGAAGAAGCCUACCACUGAACAGGACGUUUGA